AUGGAUGGUGCUACUGAAAAUUGUGCUUUGAAUGCGAAUGAUCCUACUGUGCCUUCUAAUCAAAACGGUAAUGAUAAUGGUAAUGGUAAUGGCAAUGGUAAUGUUAAUGGUAAUGCUACUGCUACUGCUAAUGGUUCUGAGAAUGAUGCGUUGACUAAUGGAAAUGAAAAUGUUGAAAUAAUUCUGGAUGAAGAUCGUAAAUUGACUUCUGAUGUUUGGCCACAUUUUGUGAGGUUGAAGUUUAAUGGGGAGAUUAAAGCCAAGUGUAAAUACUGUCGAAAACGUUUAGGUGGUGAUACUAGUAAUGGAACCUCCCACUUGAGGAACCAUUACAAAACUUGCACCCAAAGAAAGAUACAUGAUGGUAGGCAGAGAGUUCUUGGUCCUGAUUAUAAACCAACUGGAAAACCCCUCCUAUCUGCUACUCAAUUCAAUUCUGAUGUGUCUAGGAAGGAAUUGUGCUCUAUGAGUAGGUGCAUGAGUAUCCCCUGA